CUUUCGAAACAUUUUUGUAGCGGUAGUGAAAAUUGCGUUCGAGUAAUCCUCACGUCGAGGAUAGGAAACAGCGGCGACUGUGAUGUGCAAAUGUAUUUGUCAGAUAAGGAUUUCAAAUUGGAUGGUAACAACACGUGUCUCGGCUUGAUUGAUCGAGCAAUUAUUCGAAUUUUCCGAGUGAAAACCCCUACUUGUACUUUUUCUCAUUUGUUUUGUCAACAUCGCAUCUCGAAAUUGAUAUUACUGAUUUAUAGCGCUUCCAUAACAUUUUCGUGUGAUAACGUUAAUCCACGAUGGACUAUUUGGAUUAAAUACCUGAGAGGCGGUCUUCGGUUAAUAGUUAUAUAAUUAAAGCGGAACCGGUUGUAAAUAACGUAUUCAACGAUCUUAAAUCGAUCAGUAAAAUCAUAUAAUUCAAUAACAAAUAGAAAAUAAUAUCGUUACGACAAAUAAUGACGUUUAGACAAUAAUGUCGACAAUAAAGAUAGAACAAUGAUUUGGAGGGCAGUAGAGCACGGGAUCUGCAUGAUGACCACUGUCUAGAUGGAGGUUAUAAUGCGUGAACGUUCACGCCGUUGUAGCGCGAGUUGCGAAUUGCUCAUAGACUCCUGGGAGCGAGACACACCGGAGCCUCGAGGGCAGCAGCUCAUACACGAUUAUAAAGAGUUGGAGUUUCGUAGGAGGAAGCGUUCCGGUACUUGGCCGAGAACUAGGAGUCUUAAUGCGCCAAGCCCUAUUCAACAAUUCGGACCAUGUGGACGUAUCAUGAAAAACUCUGCUAUGGUUAUGACAAUUCAAGAUCCAGCUUCGCAGAGGUUAACUUGGUACAAGCCACCACUCACUGUUCUCGUCAUCAAAAAGGUUCGUGAUUCGUCAGUGUUGCCGCCAUUUAUGCAGCUUGUUACAUGGCUAAUAGAAGAAAAACGAAUGGUUGUAUUCGUAGAGGCUUCGGUGUUGGAAGAUCCAGCCUUAGCAAAGGAUCUGCGAUUUCAGGGGGUGAGGGAUCGCUUGCAGACGUUCAGAGACGGCACCGAUGAUCUUCAGGACCGUAUAGAUUUCAUCGUUUGUUUAGGAGGAGAUGGAACACUCUUAUACGCCAGUCUUCUAUUUCAACAGUCAGUUCCACCCGUCAUGGCAUUUCAUUUAGGAUCUUUGGGAUUUUUAACACCAUUCGAAUUCGAUAACUUUCAAGAACAAGUAACAAAUGUUUUAGAAGGUCACGCAGCACUUACGCUUCGAAGUAGACUUCGAUGCAUAAUAAUGCGAAAAGGUGAUGAAGGUCAACCAGCGAAACCGCCGACAAAUCUUUUGGUGUUGAAUGAAGUCGUUGUAGAUCGUGGGCCGUCCCCGUAUCUCUCGAACAUCGAUCUCUUCAUCGAUGGCAAACACGUAACCAGCGUUCAGGGUGACGGACUUAUUGUCAGUACACCAACGGGCUCGACCGCCUAUGCCGUAGCUGCUGGAGCCAGCAUGAUUCACCCAUCAGUACCAGCCAUCAUGAUCACACCCAUUUGUCCACACUCCCUAUCAUUUCGACCGAUCGUUGUACCAGCCGGAGUUGAGCUAAAAAUUUCAGUAUCACCAGAUAGUAGAAAUACCUCAUGGGUAUCAUUCGAUGGUAGAAAUCGGCAGGAACUCUUUCAUGGAGACAGUCUUAGGAUAACCACAUCGAUUUAUCCAGUGCCAUCGAUUUGUGCUGCUGAUCAAAUCACUGAUUGGUUCGAUUCCCUCGCUGAAUGUCUUCAUUGGAACGUCCGAAAAAAACAGAAACAUCUUGAUGAAUUGAGUGAUCUUACGCAUUCCUCCAGUAAUGAUACUCUGGACUCUCUAGAUCGCGAUAGCUAAAGGAAAUUUUAAUGUUUUGUUUACAAAAAAAAUCAUAAUACAAUUUGUAAAGAUAUAAAAAAUGGAAUUAGCAGCGAGUAAGAAAGAAUGAUAGCGUGAACUUAAAAUAAAUUGGGCACUUAACAAAAUGAGAAUUAGACUGUGCAAGAAUUCGCAAAUAGAAAUAUUAUUGUGAUAUUUCACACAUGUACAGCUCUUUAAGUAAAGCACAUUCAACAUAAAAAACAAUGGAAAUAUGAAAUUCUCGAGAAAUUUUCUGUAUAGCCUAUUCGAUAACAACUCGUUAUAUUCUUUAAAUUCCUUUAAAAAAAUAUUUAACUAAUUUAAAAAAGUAAAGAUAAUAAGAAAGAAAAUACGAAAAAUCAAUAUCACCAUUAAGAUAUUCUUUUUAGUGAAAUAAGACA